AUGAAGCGCAAAAUGGUGCUCACGUUUUCUAUGUGUCUUUUUCUAUUUUGCUGUUUGUUAAGCGGUCUAGGGAUGGGGGUGGCUCAUUCCUCAGGAGAAGCCUCUCCUCGAGACAGCUUCCUAUCAACCUGCAUGGAAGUUAUUGACGCGAUAACAUUCUACGAAGACGAGCUGCAGAACUAUAAGUAUGACGAUGAGUGUGCGGCGUAUCGGUACAUAGGCAAUACCGUUUUGGAAAAACACAACUUGAGUAAUUACAACUGCUAUGCGAAGAUACAGAAAGCGUUGUGCAAGCUGAGCUACACCAGGGUUAACACUCCUGAGGGGGAUAGAGGCGAAGGGCAUACAGAUAGAAAAGGUGAAAGACAUCAUAGGGAAAAUACCACUGAAGAGAAUAGUACAAAUGAGGUGAACCCCAAAGAGGAUUUCCCAUCAGAAGGAGAUGAUGCUACGUGCACCAGAACGAAGGAUAUGUUCAUGUCCUUGCUAAGGAAAUGCACAGAAAGGGGAUACGGAGACCCCCUGGUCCACUGCGCCUCCCUUGACAUGGAAAAAAAUGUCAUCUCAGAUGGGGGAUUAUUCUGUGAGAGCUCCUUCGAAAGGAAAAAAAAUGUCCAGGAAAAUGGGCGGCACAAAUCAGUCUACGCAAAUGGUUAUAAAAAAGACAUGAUUCAAACAUUCCAUUUUGAGGAACAACAAAGGGACGACUGCAUCGGUAUGGUUAAUCUGUUUAACAGCUGCUCCACUGUUAGAAGAAGCGUCUUUGGAGAUACGCCUCCUACCCAUUGUGUUGAACAAAGCGAAAAGCACUUUUGCAAUAGAAGGCUUCACAAAAUGGAGGAUAAAAAUUAUAUAUACACCUGCUCAGAUGUGAUAGUGCCUUAUUUAUUGGGCGCAAAGAAUGAGGGGAAGACCUACAGCCAAAUGUGCCACGAUAUAAAAGAUUACGCAAAGGUGUUGAAAAAUGAAAAAAAUGAAUUUUUAAAAAAAAAAAAAGAAAUACAAGAAAAUGUGAAGCAUAUCAAGAUAACGCAAAAGUUGUACAAAAUUACGGAACAUAUUUUCCAAACUCUCCAAGAGGAAGUAGAAAAGUACAACCCAGAUUUAUUUCACCUGUUUAACCUUUUGAAAAGCCCAAAGAUUGUUCUCCCCAAUGAGUAUAUGUUAAAAUUGAACGAAAUAGCUGAUGGAAUGACUCACUUGGAGGACGAAAUGCGCAAAAUGCUGUACCCCACUUUGGAUGAGAACAACAUUGAGGAAAACGUUUUGCUCGUUAAUCAAGCGAAGGCUGCCAUAGAGGCGUUCCUGAGCUUGCAGAAGGACAUCGUGGUCUCGGUCAGGCAGGUUAAUGAGUACAUUCGCAAGGAAACCACUGGAACGACAACUUCUGCCCAAUCUAGAUCUAACCAGUUUGGCAAUAGCGCCAGCCUCUUAACCUUGCACGAGCUGAAGAAGCUGCAAAAAAGGCAUAAGAGCAUUAACAAGAGAGUAGAAGACUAUGCUGACAGACGCAGCAACUCCGUUUUCCGCUACCAUAAUUCCAUGAUGAAAGAUUUCCAUAACGAUAUUGAGAAACUAAAUGGAUUAAUUGAAAUUUACACCUCGCAGAUUUCUUUGCUAAUUGGUAAGGGGUUAGUUGCAUGA